AAAACUCCCGAGCCCUUGUUUAGAUCAGCUGGACCCCCAAUAACAAUAACACCCUACCGGAGGGUCGUUUUAUCGCCGUGUUUUGACGUGUGACGGCCGGGUCGAGUGGCGAACCCACCGGGGUCCGAAUUACGGACGGUACUUCUUUAAUUCGUGCAGGUUUAGCAGAGUAUCGGAGAGUUGUCCGGCGGCUUCCUGGGAGGGGACGGUGGAACGCGGACCGAGUUAGCAUGCUAACCUGGCCUCCGUUGUCUAAUCAAGGUUUAACCCGGCCGUGGUGCGGCACCCGUCCUCUUGUCUUACUCCCCCGGAGGGAUUCCCUCCACGCGGUAGUUCUGAGGACAUCGGAUCGUGUUUGGAACGGCGAUAUUGUAAGGCCUAUAUCUGAAAGUUUUGACGGGAUCCCUUCAAACGGACGUGGAGCUCGGUCACACCCGGGGGUAGAGCCCAUCAGACGGAUGCACCUCGAUGUGUUCUGACCCUCCACUGCCUUCCUGGUACUGUUUGUUGCAGGUUAGCCUAGCCUAGCUAUCGAGCUAGCGUGCUUGGAGAGUGCUGGGCAGGCCUCGCCGCGUUUCAGGAGGGACCCAGAGAGAGAGAGAGAUGAAGACGAGAGCAGAGUUAGCCUCGCGUCCCUGCUAACAUGCUACCGUCCUGCUGAGCCGCGGGGUGAGCUAGUGGUGUGUCUGACGCGGGCUCGGGGCUGAGCGCUGGGUCUGUAGCCCUAAACUUGUUGUGAUAUGUGGGUGAUUUGCCAGUGCAGUUUGUGCAUAGUGAGUUGAUUUUAUUGGUUUUAGCUCUGCACUUGUGGAAGUUGUGUCAGUGUGCUGUUUUUUUUUAUAUUCACUGAGCUUCUGAAUGUGGCAUUUUUAGCCUAGUUCUGUAAGAUAGAACAUCUUUUUUUGGACAAUGUGAAUCAUACGCGUGGUGGACUGCGGCCACGCUGCAAGACGGUGUUCAAGUCGACCCCCCUGUCCGAUGAACACGUGACCUUAAACCACGUGUUGAUCCACGACGGCUUUGCGCUUUGACCACCCCUCGACCCCGACGUGUCCCCGUAAUCUGGCCCCAGAAGGGGUUCUUCGCGGUACACUGCGAUGUCAGAAACUCUGAUCACGGGUCACACGUCGGAGGAUCUUUUGGCCGAUUUUGAGACGCUACUGAACUCGGGAAGCAUCGACCUCCACGGAGACCACCAGAUUGUCAUCAUCUCAAGCCCCGGUAAUGUGGGUCUCCACCCGUCCGCGGCCCCCACCAGCACCGGGGAGAUUCUGCUGUUUGCCACCCCACAGGGGCCUGCCGACGUGGGCGUGCAGGACAAGAGACGGCCGACGCUCGGAAGACCUCCGGUGAAGAGGAAGCUUGAUCUGGACAGCGACCACCAGUAUGUCAGCACUACGCGGACCUCGCUUGGAAAAGCUCCGCCCUCAACGCCAGCCCCUCCCAGAGUCCCUCGCUCGGUGGUGGAGAAGUCGCGCUACGACACGUCCCUGAACCUGACCACCAAGCGCUUCCUGGACCUGCUGGCCCAGUCCCAGGACGGCGUGGUGGACCUCAACUGGGCCUCGCAGGUGCUGGACGUCCAGAAGAGACGCAUCUACGACAUCACCAACGUGCUGGAGGGCAUCCACCUCAUCUCCAAGAAGUCCAAGAACAACAUCCAGUGGCUUGGUAACCGUAUCGACGGGGCGUCGGUGGCCCGUCAGAAGGAACUCCAGAGGGAGGUGCGCCACCUGGUGGAGGCGGAGGAGGAGCUGGACCAGUUGGUCUCCAGGAGCAACCUGCAGCUGAAGCUCCUGACGGAGGAGCCGCUCAACCAGAGGCUGGGCUACGUCCGCUGUCAGGACCUGCGCAGGUCCUUCGACAGCCCGGACCAGCUGGUCAUGGUGGUCCGGGCCCCGCCCGAGACCCAGAUGCAGGUCUCGGAGCCCAGCGAGGGUUACCAGGUGUCCCUGAAGAGCUCUCUGGGGCCCAUCGACGUGUUCCUGUGUCCGGACAGCAGCUCCGGCCCCUGCAGCCCCGUGGGAGGAAGUAGUCCCGUCAAGGCGGAGGCGGACCCCGCCCUGGGCCCGCCCCCCAUGCUGCCCGUCGUCCAAUCGCCCCAGAGGAGCCUCGCGUCCGCCCAGGAAGUGAGGUCAUCGUCGCCGGACUCGAUGUCGUCCACCGUGACGGCCGCGUCGCAGCAGGACUCCGCCUCCGUCGUGUUGCCGGGGGGAACGGAGCCCUUCCUGGCGGGCGACCCGUUCUCCGGUCUGGGCGACAUGUCCGACUUCAACUUCUCCCCGCUGUCGUCGCCCCACUUCCUGGAGGGCGACAACCUCGCGCUGCCAUUGGACGGCUUCAUCAACCUGUCCCCGCCCCACAGUCACGACUACCACUUCGGAUUGGAGGACCACGAGGGCAUCAGCGAGCUGUUCAACUGCAGCUUUGGGGACCUCACGCAGGACCUGGGGGACAGUUGAGACUGGGAGGGGGAGGUCGAAGAUUCUGUGAUCUCUGGAAGAUUCCGUGUUCUCUGGAAGAUUCUGUUUUCUCUGGAAGAUUCCUUGUAUUCAGAAAGAUUCCGGGUUCUCUGGAAGAUUCUGUUUUCUCUGGAAGAUUCCAUGUUCUCUGGAAGAUUCCCUGUAUUCACAAAGAUUCCGGGUUCUCGGGAAGAUUCCGCGUUCUCUAGAGGAUUCCGGGUUCUCUGGAAGUGUGAACGAUUCCCCGGAAGUGUAAAGGGACGACUGGAAAGUACCCCCCCCCACGCACACACACACAAAACGUCCAAAUAGUACAGUAACGUGCUAGCACUUUUCCAGCAUCUUUAGCUAGUUUUAGCUACUUAAUUUAUUACCGAAGUGAAUUCCAACUGCGUUGUACCGAGCGAGGUUAAGGUGUGUGUGUGUGUGUGUGUGUGUGUGUGUGUGUGUGUGUGUGUGUGUGUGUGUGUGUGUGUAAGUGUGUGUGUGUGUGUGUGUGUGUGUGGUUCAUGGCUUUGGUGAUGAAAUGAUUUCCUGGACAUGGUUGCCUCAUGAGAGGACAGGAGAGCCCUUCUUGCGCCAAGUUUGUCAAGCGCUUCAACCAGGUCCUGAAGUCCUACCUAAUCUCCACGCAAACCCCUCUUCUAUGAACUAUUCAGAAGAGGCUGGGGUCGGGGUUUGGGCUGAGGCCCGCGUGAUAGGAGACGAGAGAUGAACAAUGGGGCGGGGCCUAGUCUCAGGUACAGGAUGUGGGAGGAGCCGGGAGAGAUGGUACCUGCUGGUUGCCAGGCUGAGACGAUAUCUCCAACCGUGAUGGACCUGAUCAGCGCCAUGGCGGAAGAAGAGAAGAAGAACUCUUCUUGGUCAGCCCUGCAGGCUGUGGUUUUAGAGUUCUCAGCCCCUGAGGAUUCUGGGUAAUGUAGUUCACAUCCUCUUGGUGGGUCUGCCACAGGCACUGGUCCAUAUAUGCACUUCUAAUCAUAAGCUCGUGUUGAAGCCUUAAGUCUCUCUUUUCACCAACCGGCGUGUGUGUGUGUGUCCAUUUCGUAGAAACAAAUAGUUAUAUUGAAAUAUCAGCAAUAAUUGAGACGGAAAGGUGUGGUUCAUGUAUGUAAUAAUGUGUGUUAAGUGGUGAGGGGUUUGAAAUGACGUGCUUACGAUAAUGGUGAUUUCCCUCCGUAGUGUAAUUAUGUUUGUGAGGUCGGCCCAGUUGGAGGUAUUUAAUGUAUGCGUGGACACAUUUGUGGACUAUUGUAAUGUUGACGGAGGUGCAAAACGGAAAAGGAGCUAAACUAGAUAAUAACCGUACUAGUUGUAGACUGGCAAUAUGCAAAUAUUGAUCAUGAAGACGUGGGUGUGCAAAGUCCUGUUUAUUUGAUUUGUAGUUGAGCCUUUCUCCUCUUGUCUCAGCUUGCUUUUGUACUUGUCAUUUUGAUGUUUGUAUAUUUUCUUUAUUAUACUUUAUUUAAAAAAUAUAUUUUGUGCUAGGCCGGUGUCCAUAUGCAACCUCUUUUUAAAAUGAGAUUUUUGUUUCCUUUUACUAAAAGGAAAAGUAAUGCCCAAUAACGAAUUGUAGCCUAUAACUCUGCUGUUAACGUUUGAAAUGAUGACUUCGGGAACAUUUGAAACCGGAUUCAAACUGUCACCGUUUUUACGUCAUCAUUUCACACCGCACAGCUAUUUCGGAUGAAUCAUCGUCGGUUCAAAGGGUUUGCACUAUACAUGUAAUUUGAUGGGUGCAUACUCUACAUUCUGGAACAACCCCCCCUUUUAAAACCCAAUGCAAAUAUUACUUACGUCGUUAAGUAUUUCAUAUGCACCUCCUUCUGUAACCCUCAUCUAACAGACGUGGAGCCGUCUUUCUGGACGGCUGAUUGGGAUUUUCAGUGGCAGCUCACGUAAUUAUUCUGUUGCCUUUCUAGAUUUAGUUUCUUUGCCAUUGUAUCACAGCAGGUGCACCACAUCGGAGUUCAUGUCGUACCCGCAGGGCAAACCCAGUGCCUUUUUAAUAGAGAUGAGUUUUAUUACGGUGCCAGGCUGGUUUUAUGGGGGUGACAUAAUCAGGUGUUUAUUUAGCGUCAGUAGUUUUCCCUGUUGCUCGAUUUCCUGCGUUUAAUCAGGCGUUUCCCGCGAGAACGUGCGUUCUUGUGCGGUUGCACGUUUCACCUGUUUGAGUUCGUCUUCGGGUUAAUUGAUUCUUUGUCAGUUUCUUUUCAUUUUAUAUUCUCUCAUUUUGGUGACGUAUAGCCUACUGGGAAUUAACAAAUGAUUUAUAAUUGAAAAGUAAAUGCAGAUUGUGAGUCAGUGUGUGUGUGUUUGUGCGCGUGUGUGUGUGCUUUUUCAAUGAAUUAAAAUAAAAACUAUUUUCUUUCUGAGACAUGCUUUACC